AUGCGUGUGCUAUACGCGUUCGCAGUUAUUUCGGCGGCGAAGAUCGCCCGGCCGUCCGACGGGUUUUUCCUUGACGCGCUGUCGUUCGUGUCCGAUUGCGGGUCGGUGGAUUUCGACGGGUGCCUGGCCCGGACGAUCGACGACGUGAUAAAGAAAAACGAGACAUACCGCCUAAACAGAUACCUGACGGUCACGUUGGAUCGCGUUGGGACCGCGGCCCCGGGCGACGGUAAUUUCCGUCCUCGCGAGAACGUCGAUGACGGCGAUUCGACGACGAGUAUUUUGCGGUUUUUCAACGCUCUGCGCGUCCAAUACCGGCCGGAAGAAGGCGCCGACGACGAGCCGGCCGUCCGAAAUUUCCAAGGUACACAAUUAAACGUAAACUAUACGCGUAUAUACCGGGUGAUCCAUUUACGUGGAUGCACUCAUUAUCCCGGAAUGUAUUAACUUUUUUUGGAAUUUGUUUUCUCGAACAUCUAAGAAACAAGCAGCUUAACAGUUUUAAAUUUAAAUAAUUUUUUUUCACCCUUUUUUUUGAAGGUAAAACCAUUACCUACUUUUGAUUUUCAAAUGACAACCUAUACUAAAAACUCCAUAAACAGAUGGAGUAUUAGUUAAAAUACGUUUUAGUGUUAACAUUUUUUAUUUCUAUCAAGCCGUUAACGAUAUAGUCCACUUUUAAGUUUGGGUUGGAUGAGAGUAGUGUUUCAUUACUAACACGCCGCGCGACACACAAAUGAUACUCCACUACUCUCCUCCAAUCCAGUGGAAUAUCUCGUCAACGGACCGACGGAAAUCAAAAACCUCAACAUCGAAAUUUAUUUUAACAAAUACUCCAUCUAUUUACGGAAUUUUUAUUAUAGUUGCCAUUUAAUAAAAAUAAAAAGUAGGUAGUUGUUUUACCCCCAAAACUAAGAGUGACCAAAAAAUAACAUAAAUAUAAAAUUGUAGAGCUGAUCGUUUCUCAAAUGUUCUAGAAAUCAAAUUCCAAAAAAAGUUAAUACAUUUCGAGAUAUUGGGUGUAACACUGUACCAACUUAAAUGGAUCGCCCGGUACUAGCGACGGUUUUUGUGUAAGUACUAUGUAGAGAUUGACGACCCGAUUUCAAUAAUCCGUUUCGCGGCGUAAAUAGAUGACGCGGUUAUCGGUCGGAUGAUAAAGUGCAGGUGAAAAUAGAUCUGUUUUAUGCGAGCGAGUGUCCCGGAAUGUAUAAAAUAAAGUAAAUAAUAAUAUAUGUAUGUAUUAAAUGGGCGAUACAAAUGCGAUUACAUAAAAAAAUUGGCAUGCGAAAAAAUUACAGUCUUAUUAGUUUUCGCGUUUGUUUAAUAGCUUUAAUUCUUCAGAUUUUGUUACUUGUGAUCAAUCUCCGAUUUCAAUUUAAAUAUUAAAAUGUACGUUUUGAGUAGUGAGUAACGUAAUUUUGUAAUGUAGUGCGUUGGUAAGACGUAGACAACUCGCGUGGGUAUGACAUCCUCCUAACCGAAAAAAAAAAGUGAAUGUACAUUUAUUCUUAAAAUAAUUCCGACUACAGCAUAACUUUAUUGUGCCAUAGUGCACUAAGUUUCCUAAAUUAUGUAUGCACGUCAAUAGUGUAUUUGACGUUGCAAUCAAAUUUUACCAGAUGAGUGAGAUUGACGUACAAUAAAUACGAUAUAUUUAAUCAUUUAAUACAAUACAUGUGUGGUUUUAGCGCGUAAUAGUGAUUAUUUCAACAUCAACAAUGUAUACAACUUUGGUUUGAAAAUACGGUUUCGUCGAAAUCGUAUGCGAAAAAAAAUGUUCGCCACCGUAAACAUUUGCAGCUUUUGGAUUUCGCUUAGCGCCGGCCGUUUUUAACAUUUACAUGACCGUACUAUAAACGGGUCGUACACAUUUUUUUUUUGUACACGUCAGCUAUAUUGUUGUGAUGUGUUCGCAGGUCGCAAGAAGAAAAAUAAGGGCGACAAACACAACAAAAUGGGUAUGAUGUUGGGAGCCGCUUCGAUGGGCAUGACCGUCGUCAGCGGGGUUAUGACGAAAAUGAUGAUGGGCGGCGUGAUGAUGAUAGCCACGAAGGCCCUGCUGAUCGCCAAGCUGGCGCUGGCGCUGGCGUCGAUCCUGGUGCUGAAAAAGAUGUUCGGCGGGGGAGGCGGAGCCGGCGUUGUACAGCCCUCGUAUAGCGGCGGUGGAACGUCUGAGCACGCCGGUUACAGCAGGAGUUAUGACGCACAACUGCCUAAUCACGAGCCCGGCGCAAAAGAGGCGGCCGCGGCGAUCGCGUACCACGGACAACUGAAACGCGACUCGUACGGCGACGAAAACGGCGGCUGGCGGUCGCAGUAUCCACAGUAG